UGGGAACGAUAUUGCUUUUGCCCCCUCGUCCUGGGUUUUUGCGCGGGUUGAAGGCCGAUAAAUACACCAGGCCAGCCGCACCCGCUCUUCACAUCAUUGCACGACUCGUCGAUAAGGUCUUCGUCGUCGCCAGCUCCCUCCGUCGCUUUAUUAUUCCGCAGCAAAUCAUUUCGGGUUGUUUUUUCCUUCCAAUUCCAGUUGGUCUCUCUAGUAGACAAAUCAACUCAUCGUCGACAUAUCAAACGUAGUCUUGUUUGUCACUGAAUUUUAUUUUUUUGAUCGUCGUUUCAAUUUCGUUCAAUUUCGUGACCAGUUUGAUCGAGGGAUUGCCGUCAUCAGUCUUCCACAUUACUUCAGAAAUACCACGGACGUCGUUCAAACAUGGUUUCCAAAGUGGUGGUGGUCCUCUUCGCGGUCCUCGUCUUGAGCCAGGCCGUCCUCAGUCUCGAUCCGCAUUACUUUGACGAAGUUGCAGAAGAUCAGAUGACUAACGAACAACAAUCUGCUGGAUUGAACUACUUUACCGACAACGCUGAGCCUCUGAUGGAAAAUGCCCAAAAACGUUCGCCUUUGAUUUAUGUUUCCAGACGAUCUUGCAUCCGACGCGGUGGCAGCUGCGACCACAGGAGGAACGAUUGCUGCUUCAGCAGCUCCUGUCGCUGCAACCUGUGGGGAUCCAAUUGCCGUUGUCAUCGGGCCGGACUCUUCCAGAAAUGGGGCUAAAAAUCAAAUGGUGGAACAUCAUCAACCUCUUUGAACGUGAACCAACAAAUCCCAUCCCAUCCCCUCUCUCCAACCCAAACGCCACCACCAAAUAUAUACUACACACGGGGAACGGACAACAAACAACACUGACAACAAAAUCCACAAGCACCGUACGCACCAAUUUCCAAUCCGCAGCAUCUCUGUCGUCCAUAAUCCAAUCUGAUUCUCAUCAACUGCAAUUUACUGAACCCAAAUGGAUCAAUUUGAGUUUGAACUUUUUUUUUCCCGUUUUCACAUCACGGCACGCAAACGACAUCAGUUUUCAGUUCGCUGGAAUUCGUUACUUCUUCUUCUAUUUGAGUUUUUGUUUAAAUUCUUGAGGAAAACGCAAAUUAUCUUGAAUUUUCGUCUAGACCCUCCACCAACCGCACCCCUUGCAGAAGGAACUUAAUUACAUCAAUGCGAAAGCCCCAACAACCGGAAAAAAAAUGAACGAGCGAGACAAAUCUACAGGACAUAGUCAAAAAGAGAAAAAAAUCUUAACCAGAACACUUUGAAAAAUAAGAAACAAAUGAUGAAAUAUGAAUUUUUAAAAUAUUCUUUGGUAUAAAAUAAAAACACAUGUUUGAAUAAUAUAUAACCGACAUACUACUACGUACUACAGGUUGUCUUUAUUUGAUUGAUUUAUUUUGUUACAUUGUUUUUUUUAUUUUAUUUUAGAACUAAUUUCUACAUAAAUAUUCUUCCUAUAUUAUGUAUCACAUGAUUGGCGUCUAUUCCGGACAUUAUGUAAUCUCCUUAAUUCUUACCAAAAAAGUCUAAAAGCCAAAGUCCCCCAACAUUAUCUCUAUCCCAUAUAAUAAAACUGUGUAAUCCACA